AUGGACAAGGAGGGUCGUGGUACUGUCGACUUCGAUGUCCUGAAGACCGCCAUGAUGGCCUUGAGGAUGCACCCCAAGGACAGUGAGAUCCGCAACAUGAUCAAGGAGGCCGACGUCUCCAAGACCGGAACGAUCGACUUGACUGAGUUCGUUGGUGUUCUGACCAGAAAACUGGGCAAGAUGGAUAACGAGGACGCCAUCCUCAAGGCCUUCAACACUUUCGAUCUCAAUGACACGGGAGUGCUCAAUGUCGAGGAUAUCCGCACUGCGCUCACCACUCUCGGCGACAAGCUCACCGACAAGGAGCUGAGGGAGAUGUUCGCCACCGGCGCCGACUCCUCGGGCAACUUCGAGUACGAGAAGUUCGUCCGGGUCAUGGUCGGUAAGAGCAGCAACUGA